AUGAAGCAACUUCACACCGUGAUAACAGAUUUAUCUGUCACAUCCUGUGCCUCACCUGGCGUCCCAGUCGCCUGCCCUCUGGAAAAGAGGACAUGGAAUCGACUCGAGAAAGAUCUCUACCUUCACGCAGGCGAGCAGGCAGCAUGGAUAUACCUUGAAGAAAGGGAUACGGCCGAUGUUGUCAAUGGCAAUCGCGUCAUCACGGAUAUCUGGGUCGGCGCCACGAAGCCCCCCGGUGAUGGCGAGGACGGCUGGGAGCAACGAUCCUGCGGCAUUUGGAUCCUGAGAAGUCACUACACUGACCACUAUUUGAGAUUAUUGACAGGUAUUGACGUUCUCUUCGGAACGGAUGCUGUCGACCCACGACCAGGCUGGACACUAUUACCCGCACCCCUCCAACUUGAGGAUCAACCGGACGUGCCCGCACCGAGGCUUUCAGCGCGAUUUGGUCCACCAAUACCCAGACCUGACGACCCGAAUGCGCCUUUACGUGUCAACAAAGACGGAAAAUUCAAGAUCGUCCAGAUUUCCGACACGCACAUGGUCACGGGUGCUGGAGUUUGCAACGAUGCCAUCGACGCAAAUGGUCAACCUUUACCUAGUAUUGAAGCUGAUCCGAACACGAUUAAGUUCAUUGGGGAAAUUUUGGACGUCGAGAAACCCGACUUGGUGAUUCUCAGCGGGGACCAAGUACAUCAUGAUAUACCAGACACACAAUCCCCUUUGUUCAAGGUUGUGUCACCUUUGAUUAGUCGAUCGAUUCCUUUCGCGAUGGUUUUUGGAAAUCAUGACGAUGAGGGCACCUACGCGCUGUCGCGUAUGUCUCGAAGCACCUUUUCUGUUCAAUUUUCUGUGCUGACACUUGUUGACGUAGGCGGAAAGCAAAUGGCAAUACUGCAAGAUCUCCCAUUUUGUCUAGCACAGGCUGGGCCCGAUUCAGUAGAUGGUGUGGGCAACUACUAUCUCCAACUCUUUUCCAGCGACGAAAAGCAGGUCCCAUUAGCAACAAUCUUCUUUUUCGACUCUCAUGGGCAAAUCACGAGUGAUGACAAGAAUCCCGACUACGAACCAAUCCAGCAGAGUCAAAUCGACUGGUUCACCUCCACUUCACGGCAUCUAAAAAAGACCCGCAUUGCAAAGAGAGACGCUAGCUCUCCCUUUCUUUCUUUGGCUUUCAUGCACAUACCCUUCCCCGAAUACGCAGGAGACGAUUUGUCGAUAAGCGGUGGCAAGCGGAGAGAACCAACCGAAGGCCCCAGCAUCAACACGCAUCUUUACGAUGCUCUGGUGCAAGAAGAGGUGUCUGCGGUGGGCUGUGGGCACGAUCAUGUCAACGACUUCUGCGCUUUAUUGCCGAAGUUGCAGCGAGGUCAUUUGGUAGAACGUAACGAUCAAUCGGUCAAGCAUGGCCCGUGGCUCUGUUACAAUGGAGGUAGCGGGUUCGGGGGUUACUGUUCCUAUGAUGAAAAUCGUUACUACAGAAGGACACGAGUCUGGGAGAUCGACGCGAACAAGGGCGAUUUGAAGACAUGGAAGCGCAUCGAGUACUCCGGUAACCGAUUCGAGGAAGUAGUACUUGUAGAAGGUGGCCGAACCACAGCUCCCUCAACAAUGUUAGAAACCGAAAAGACAUGCAGAAUCCUGUAG